AUGUUGUCUAUGGCCGAGAAGGAGAUCAACGAAGCCAUCGAGGCCAACGAAUUCAAUGAGGGGAAUGUUCCUGUCCGAUGGGAUGGUGCAUUGCACGGGGCUAGGUUAUAUCUCGCGAUAGCAGGUCUCGCUCUGCCUCUUUUUCUCACUGGUGUCGAGGCAACCAUUGUGAGCACAUCGCUAGUCACCAUCACAGACGAUCUUCAAAAUGCUGGACAGAGCAGUUGGGUUAUCACUUCCUACCUUCUUACCUACACAGGAUUCCUCAUCAUCUGGACAAGCUUUAGUAGCAUCUUUGGAGUGAAGCGAACUCUGCUUACGGCCGUAGCCAUUUUCAUUGCUUUUUCUGGUGGAUGUGCUGGAGCCCAAAGUCUUAGUCAACUAGUCGUGUGUCGCGCAUUCCAGGGCCUUGGUGGUGCUGGAAUCUAUACCUUGACACUGUUCUCAAUUCUCCGAAUCCUUCCGUAUGAGCAAUACGACAAAGCCAGCUCCCUCGCGGGUGGGAUCAUCUCGAUAGGCCUGGUCCUCGGACCUCUGCUCGGCGGUGCCAUUUCCAAUGACGGUAAAUGGCGCUGGGUAUUCCUGAUGAACGUUCCGGCGGGUGCUUUUGGUUGGCUCUUGUUGUACUUCGUUUUGCCGGCUCAUUUCCCCAAUCCCGCACCGGUAGCAAAUGAGGAAUCGACGCCGGCGCAGGUUUGGGUAAACAUGAAGACAGCCAUUCACCAAGUGGAUUUCUUUGGGGCAUUCCUCGUCUUGACUGCCUGCUCAUUCAUUAUUGCUGCCCUUCAAGAAGGGAACUACCAGUACUCGUGGAGCUCAGCACUAGUCAUCAGCUUCUUAGUGAUCUCGGGCAUUGCUUGGAUUGCGUUUAUCGUUUGGCAGUGGUUCAUCUGUCGCCGUGAUCUCAAAAUUAGUCCAAUGUUCCCAUGGAGACUGGCACACAAUCGACUCUUCAUGGGGAUGGCACUUGGAUUUUUCACAACAGGUUUACCGAUGACUGUCUGCGUGAUCAAUAUUCCGCAGAGGUUCCAGAUUGUCAAUGGAAGCUCACCAGUUGGUUCGGGCGUAAAGCUGUUGUCAUUUGCGCUAAGCUGUCUGAUCGGCAUUAUAUCUUGCUCCGUGUUGGCAGGACGGUUGAGAAUGCCGUUUGCCUACAUUGCAUUAAUUGGCCUGGUCAUACAAGUGACCGGCCUUUUUCUCUUUUCGGAGAUCGCUUCCACAACAGAGCUUUGGCUUGGUCAGUUUGGGUACUUGGUCUUGGCUGGACUGGGAACUGGCCUUGGCGUAAGCGCAUUCUAUAUGGCCACCUCCCUCGUGGUGGAAAUCGAAGAUCAGAACGUUGCAUUGGGAAUUGGUAUUCAGCUCCGCAUGUUGGGUGGCGUUCUGGGCAUUGCGGCUUCGAGUGCGAUUCUUUUCCAUUAUAUACAAAGUCGUUUGUCAUCCGCCCUACAACCUGACGAGUUGGCUGCCUUGCUGAAAACCACCGAGGCAAUCAAGACUUUCUCUCCAGCAAGUCAAUUGCAGGUUCGUGAAGUUUAUGCAACUGCAUACAGUAUGCAGAUGAAGAUGUGCGGUGCGUUUUCGGCGGCCCAGAUUUUUGCCGUGGCAAUGAUUUGGAAACGGCAGAAUGUGCGAUACUCCAAGGGCUGA